AUGUCAAGCACGCUUUUACCUACACCAAAUAAUGGGGAAACCAAUAUUGUUUGGAUUAGCAGAAUGAUUGAAGAGAAUCGUAUCAAGUUUAUUGAUCAUGAUGAGUUUGAAAACCCGGUGUUUGUAAAACUCGGGGGUUCCGGAGUCAUAAGAAAAACCCUGUGGAAAACAAAAAAUAAGGACACCAUCUUAAAACAAAUUGUGCCCGAUGAAGUUAUAACAGAACCGGAACUUCAAGAGCUUAUUAAGGAAAUCAAAGCUUUUGAUUCCAUUAGAGUUGGAGAACAAUCAGCUAUAAAUGAAAUAGGAUACAAAAAUGUCAUUGAAUGCUUUGGGGUAUCGCGUUUUAAUGAAGAAGAACCAUUUUUGCUC